AGUCCUGCGAGUCACCGAAAGGCAACUGUUUUCAGGGUUUAUCCGAAAAACGCCGUUCCUGGUACCGAAGGGCAGUUUGACAAACUUUCGCCGAGCCAAAUCGUAAAUUAUGGUGUUCCUUACGACUAUGGCAGUGUAAUGCACUACUCAAGCAUUGCAUUCUCUAGCAAUUCUGUGGCGAAGACCGUUGUUCCUCUUCAACCACAGUAUGAACAUACCAUCGGUAGCCGAGUGGAGCCGAAGUUUUCCUCGACUACAAAGAGCAUGAACUUGGCGGUAUUGGCU